CAAAAACUCUCAUACCGCCUACAUGCCACCCAUAUCCAACGAAUCCAACCCGGAAGCUUCCAGGUCUACCAAAAGAAAAAAGAUCAAAAAAUCAAUACCUACCUAUAUAACAUACCCGCCCAUACCUACCAAAUGCAUAACCCGAAGAAUAAAAACACACCUACCUACAUUCCCCAAGAUUUCGUUCCUGAUCCCAACAUCCCGGAAUUGUACUUUACAUACGCAUCAUCUUCGAGCUAGCACCAACAGUAGCAUCUGCACUUGCAAACUACUUCAACAUGUCUCAUCGACGUCUUAACCAGUCCAGGAGAGCCGAAAUCGAUACUUCUGAAAUCUUUGCUUCUGGAACUUUUAAAAAUGUUUGGGUAUGUUAGCUCUUUAUUGCCUACCAUACUUCUUUUCCAUCUCACUCACUAAUUACCCACUCUCAAUUUCCUUUCCCCGCGAAUAUCACUACUAACUCAUAAUCAGGCGGGUCGAUACACCGAAGGGCCAAGAAAAGGACAGGCAUGUGUAUCCAAAGAAUUCCAAACCGGCUCCGUAAUAUCAGAGCAUUAUUUCGAAGAAGAACUCGAGAUAAUCCGACGCACGCAAGAAAUCGUGGAUGAUUUCCACGCGGCGGGUAUUAUCGAUAAUCGAGAUAUCAUCGUCAAUACGCCAUCCAUCUGGACCUAUGAAGCGAAUGCAGGAACCAAGGCCGGAGUGAAAAGUCUCGUGGAACCCAUGAUUGAAAAUUUCGAAAAGUUUAAUAGUAAUACUGGCUGGACCGGUCAGGAUACCGUGUGGAAUGAUGCUAUGCAGGCUCUGAGUCAUUUUUCUUAUCAUGAUUCUGAUGGGGGGUUUUUGUUGUGUGAUCUUCAGGGUGGUUCGUAUAGUAAUGGAUAGUAAGUUGUUUUUGUUUAUAAUAUGUCGUUCUUUGCGCAGCGGAAUCAACAUCUUCUAACGAGGCAAUUAGUAUCCUAUCGGACCCGGUAAUCAUGUCCAGAGCACAAAAUUGUGGACCGGCGGAUUUGGGAAUCGAUGGAAUUAAAUCGUUCUUUCAACGACAUCGUUGUGGUCGAUUUUGUGAUCGGAAUUGGAUGAGGCCUGCUAUUACUGGGAAAGCUCCUAUUCCUAUGCGUCAGGGAACCAGUAUGAUUGCACGUCUUCCGACACGUCAAAGUCGUAAUCCUUUGUCGAGAGUGUGGGAGUGAGUGGAUUGAUGAUUGGUGCUGUGAAAGGGAGAGAUGGAAGAGAAUGGGUGUUUGGUCUUCUGCUUGUGUUGGUGGUAUGGUUAGGUGGGCAAUGAUAUUGUGAGGUUGGAGAGGUAAUCUUGCUGAGGGUUUACUAUUAGCUAUAGCUACUAGCUACAUACAGGGCAAUAGAAGCUAGGAUGUCAUUUUGAGGUUCGUAGAACUACCUCGUAGCUUCGAAUUUGGCAAUGAAUUAGAGAGGAGAAAUUAUUCUCACAAAGAUUUGCUGAACGU